ACUGGGAGCCCAGAUCAGCCCCCUGGUUGCAGGGUUUCUAAUAAAUGGCCAUGGAGGGAUCCAGACAUAGCCGGGUAUCGCGGCCCCACAAGAUCAGCGAAUCGUCAAAGCUGUAUCAGUGGCCUGACAACUCCAGCCAAAUUCUUCGCAGUCUGGAUGAGCAGAGGCAAAAGGGACUGUUCUGUGAUGUCAUCCUGGUGGCCGACGGCCAAAGAGUCCCGGCCCACCGGAACGUCCUGUCUGCCUGCAGCGACUACUUCAACUCCAUGUUCACCAUUGGCAUGAAGGAAGCCCACCAAACCGAGGUGGAGUUGGUCGGAGCCUCCUACGUCGGGCUCAGAGCCGUCGUCGACUUCCUCUACAGCAGUGACCUGACUUUGGACGGUGGCAACAUUGACUACAUUCUGGAGACGGCCCACCUCCUCCAGGUCUGGAAGGUGGUGGACUUCUGCUGCGAGUAUCUGGAGAGUGAGGUCAACGAGGACAAUUACCUCUACCUGCAGGAGCUGGCCUCUAUCUACAGCCUGGAGCGGCUCGGGUCUUUCAUCGACUCUUUCAUCUUGAACAAUUACAGCGGUAUGGCCUUCACCAACGACUACUUGCGGAACAUCAACGUCCAGAAGCUGUGCCAGUACCUGGCGAGCAGCCGGGUCCAGCACGUGAGCGAACAUGAGCUUCUACAGUCCGCCCUUCAGUGGCUGACCCACAACCCCGAACGGGAGAGCCAAGCCUACCAGGUCCUCCAGAACAUCCGAUUCUCCCUCAUCUCCAAGAGCGACCUGGUGCAGCGGGUGAAACCCGCCAUGUCUUCGCUCCUGCCCAAAGAUGCCAGCUGUGAAGGCCUGGUGGACGAGGCCAUCCAUUACCACACCAACGUGGCUGCGCAGCCGCUCCUCCAGAACAUCCGCAGCACCCUUCGUAGCGGCACGGAACGGCUGCUCUUCAUAGGCGGGGAGGUCUCUGAACACUGCCUGGAGCUCAGCGACGAUGUUUACAGCCUUGACCUCCAGAGGGAGCAAUGGCUCUCGGAGACUCGGCUGCCGGCAAGAAGGAGCCACCACUGCGUCACCGCCCUGGGCAACUUCAUCUACGUGGCUGGCGGGAGCUUCUCGAUCGAUGACGGCGGCGACGCGGCCUCCAAUGUUCUCUACAGAUUUGAUCCACGCUGCGGUCAGUGGAUUCAGGUGGCCGCCAUGAACCAGCCGCGAGGGGAUUUCUCCCUGGCCUCGGUGACCGAUAAGCUGGUCGCGGUUGGCGGGAGAAAUGAAAACGGGGCCAUGUCUUCGGUGGAAAUCUACUGCCCUCGGCUGGACACCUGGACCUACGUUUCGGAGCUCCCCAGGUUCACGUACGGCCACGCCGGCACGGUCCACAAAGACUUCAUCUACAUCUCCGGGGGGCACGACUACCAGAUCGGCCCCUACAGGAAGAACCUGCUGUGCUACGACCCCCGGGCGGACGUCUGGGGGGAGCGGAGGCCCAUGAUCACCGCCCGGGGCUGGCACAGCAUGUGCACCCUGGACGACAGCAUCUACGCCAUCGGGGGCAGCGACGACAACCAGAACUCCAUGGAGCGCUUCGACAUCCACAGCGUGGAGUGCUACAGCCCCCAGUGCGACCAGUGGGUGCGCGUCGCUCCCCUGCUGCAGCCCAACAGCGAAUCCGGCGUGGCCGUCCUGGGCGGCAGGAUCUACGUCCUGGGGGGCUACAGCUGGGAGAGCACCACCUUCUCCAGGAUGGUCCAGGUCUACGACAAGGACAGGAAGAAGUGGGGGAAGGGGCCGGACCUGCCCAAGACCGUGGCCGGGGUCUCCGCAUGCGUCUGCAUGCUGAAAAACAGAGGCGACGACAGGAAUAAGAAAAGCAAGACGAAGAGGCACUCGGACAGAGGAUGGUGAGCGCU